UUUGUGCACACCACGCCGGUUUAAGGCGAGGAGACCAAUUCAUCAUUCGUGGCAGCCACCGAAAUGACUCCUCCUCCUCCUCCUCCUCCUCCUCAAUCCACCACCGUCCGGUACAUCUCCGACUGUCUCAUAAAACCACACCGGCUUCCCCCACAUUCAGACCGCCCUCGGCAGUUGGCGCCGUGGGAGCUCGCCAUGCUGGCCAUCCACUACAUCCAAAAGGGGCUCCUCUUCCCCCUCCCUCCUCACUGCCUCGACCCCGGCUUCGACCGCCCCGCUUUCAUCCAUUCCUUCUUGGACAAGCUCAAGCGCUCCCUCUCCUCCGCCCUCUCCCACUUCUACCCGCUCGCCGGCCGCCUCGCCACCCUCAAGCACACCGACCCCCCCCUCCACACCGUCUUCGUCGACUGCGCCGACAGCCCUGGUGCCCGCUUCAUCCACGCUGCGCUCCUUGACAUGACCGUGGCCGACAUCCUCUCCCCGACGUACGUCCCGUCCAUCGUCCAUUCCUUCUUCGACCACAACUGGGCGGUCAACCACGACGGCCACUCCCUGUCCCUGCUGUCCGCUCAGGUCACCGAGCUCGCUGACGGCGUCUUCAUCGGGCUCUCCAUGAACCACUCCAUCGGCGACGGCACCUCCUUCUGGCUCUUUUUCAACUCGUGGUCCGAGAUCUUCCAAGCGCAACAGAAAGGCGACGUCGAUGUCGUCCAGCUAUCGCGUCCCCCGGUCCUGACCCGCUGGUUCCCUGAGAACCACCCCGGCUCGGUAAGCCUGCCUUCCGCGGACGACCCCUCGUCGUUCCACCCCCGCUACCGAGUCCCCGAUCUCAGGGAGCGAGUCUUUCACUUCUCCGCCGACGCCAUCGCGAGUCUCAAGGCGGAGGCGAACCGGCAAUGCGGCACCCCCAAGAUCUCGUCCUUCCAGUCCCUGACUGCCCUGCUAUGGCGGUGCAUCACGCGCGCUCGCUGCCUGCCGCCCAGCCAGGUCACAAGCUGCCGGGUGAUCUCGAACAAUCGGGCGAGGCUAGACCCCCCGCUCCCGCCGGAAUACUUCGGGAACCCGGUCACGAUGUUGAGGGCGGCGACGACGGCGGGGGAGCUGCUAGGCGGCGACCUUGGGUGGGCGGCGCUGCUGCUGCAUGCGUUGGUGGCGGAGCACGGCAACGCGAAGGUGCUCGAGUGGAACGAGGAGUGGAUAAAGAGCCCGCAGGUGUACCGUCUGGACCGGACGUUCGAUCCGUGCAGCAUCAUCAUGUCGAGCUCGCCGCGGUUCAACAUGUAUGGCAACGACUUCGGGCUGGGGAAGGCCGCGGCUCCGCGAAGUGGGUGUGCCAACAAGAUCGACGGCAAGGUCACAAGCUAUCCGGGCCGCGAGGGAGGCGGAAGCAUCGACCUCGAGAUCUGCCUUUCGCCGGCCACGAUGGCGUCUCUCGAAGCUGACGCUGAAUUCAUGGCUGCCGUGACGGAUUUGUAGGUCGGAGGAACAACACAGCACGGUGGUUAUGUGCCGGUCGAGUCGACAGCCAUUAGUUAUCAGGAUGAAAAAUUACCGGUUGUGUGACUUGUAAUUUUAUAUUAAGUUGAUUUAUUUCUCAAUCUGUAGUGGAUAAAUUAUGGGUUUUUCUCUUUUAUUUUAUGCUUUGUGUUUGAA